AUGGCACAUCCAGUAGUGCAGACUGAUAAAUCCUUGGUAAGGCUGCUACCAACUGAUGCUGAGGCCAGGCUCGACCCCCCUACUGCUCUCUCCAGUGGAGACGUCACAUCCUCUCCUGUUGCUAUGGCAACGUGCCAUCCUGACACGUCAACACAACAAGGCCCUGCAAGAAGCACACUUGCUACAGAACAAACAGAUCUGACAGUUUUGCGCCCAUGUAGGACCAGGGAAGACUCUGUGUAUGAUGUGAUAGAGAGUGUGAUACAGCAGGCACGAGCCAGCAGGACUGCCCGUGACUCUGAGGGUGAAGCUGGUCCACUGACACCAUCUACAUCUGCACAGCUAACUCUUGAGUCUGAGGGUGAUGAUGGUGACUGCAGUAAAGACAUGGGUGCUGGACAUGAGGAGGCCACAGAUGGAGUUUACGUCUGUCCCGUCUGUUCCCGCGAGUGUUCGGCGCCAAAGUACCUGAAGCUUCACCUGCUGAAGCACGAGAACGACAGACAGCGCCCGCUGGACUGCGACGUGUGCGGGAAAACCUUCAGUACGCACCAGAGCAUGAAGCUGCACAGAUACACACAUACAGGUGGGAAAACCUUCAGUACGCACCAGAGCAUGAAGCUGCACAGAUACACACAUACAGGAGAGAAGCCAUACGUCUGCCAAAUUUGCCACAAGCAUUUCCGACAGGCAGGAACACUGAAGCGGCACAUGGUGACCCACACGGGGGAACAGCCGCACCGCUGUCCACGCUGUCCACGCCACUUCUCCCAGCGCAGCAGCCUGACAGCACACCUCAGACUGCACACUGAACAGAACUCCUUCCUGUGUGUGCACUGUGGCAAGAGCUUCAAGACUGAGAGGUACAUGAAGAGACAUCUAAUCUACCACACAGACAGACUACCGUUCUCGUGUGAGCUGUGUGACAAGCGGUUCCGUACGCGGCUGAACAUGCGGCGCCACAUGCUGCGGAUCCACCUGCUGGCCACCCGGAAGGUAUGCAGGUGUCUGACCUGCGGGGCGGAGAUGCAGAACCCGGGCGCGCUCAAGAACCACAUGGCCGUCCACAGCGCCGGGAGGAAGCCGUACCGCGCGUACGUUUGCGAGAUCUGCGGUCGGCGCUUCCAGCAGCGCUCCAAACUGAAGAAACACAAGCAAGACAAGCACGGAGACAGCGACGAACUGGACAACCAUCCUGGACUCACACCGCAGGUCCGUGCGGACCAGGUUUGCCGCGUGAUGACGAGGACUACGGGACAGCAGCGAGUGACGACGUACGAAAUGAUACCCAAGGACCUGGACCAGUUUGCUCACAUUGUCUUUCCAGUGAACGGUCGGCCUUCCAGAGAAUCGGACAGAGAAGGGAGAGGCCUAGGGGAGACCUUUCAGAGUGGGCAAUGUUAA